AUGCUCGGCGGCCCGCACCUGGCCGCAAGGGCGGGCGAGCGCGCACUGGCUGCUCGAUCCAAGGCGCUGGUGCGCGCCGAUGCGCUUGUGCCCGCCUUCUUGUGCCCCGCGAUCGAGAGCAAGCCGUCGAGGUGCGUGGCACACCCAACUCCAGGCCCGUCGUCGAGCUCUCAGAUUCCGGCUUCAAGCCGAGGCUUGCACGACUUUCCGUUCAAGCAGAGCUCGCUAGCUGCUAGAAGCUUGCCAGUGAAGAAGCCUACUUCAGCUUCCGGCAAUGCCUCUCAGGCUGCGGUCGCCCCUCGCGAAUGGCAGGCCGACCACAUCACAGCUGGCCACGAUGCCGGAACAGGCCGAUCAGAGCCUCGACGCACACCGCAGAGCAAUGCUGUCGGCGACGUUUCCUCAGCACGUACGGACCGCAAAAGUCUGGCGGCACAUACCGACAAAUCACCCGACUGGACUCGCAAAUACCGCAGCAACCGGUGGCGUAGAGAGAUGGACUUCAACCGGUAUAGCCCACCAAUAAGACGACGAAACCUGCCUGAAGACGCACCCGCGCUGUACGAAGACGAGAUCAAAGCAUCCUCGGCCUGGCUUCCCGAGACGCAAUGGAGCUUGGCUCUGCCCGACGACUACCCGCUUCGGCACGAGCUCAUGCUCAUCCUCGACAGCCUCGAUUACAUUUCCAAAAACAUCUCCGACCCGGACUGCGCCAACAUGCUUGCCGAAGCACUGCAACAGGCGCGCGAGCUGAUCUGGUCAAAGUCUGACCUGGCUUUGCAGCGACCGGAGGAUGUCCAUGUGGCGCUGUAUCUCGCAGGCAAACUGGCCGAGACCUACGUGAAGCUCGAUGCGGAUGAUUCGCUGGAUCAGCUCAUCUCGUUUCUCGGAUAUGUGCACAAGCACAUUGGCCCGCUGCCGCUCGCGUGCUUCCAUGCACUUGCCGCACGUGCGGGUAUAAUGCGACGGUACGCGGCCGUGCUCAAGAUCUGCCAGGUGGCCGAGGACCACAACGCCGGCCAGCCCGAUGCCGAAUUGUUGCAUCUUCGUCUGCGCGCACUCAUCGCUAAAUCCACCCCCGCCAGAGUCGCGCGCUACUGGAAGUCAUUCGAGCUCGCUGGCGUCACGGUGCCGCGCAAGACAUUCGACUUGCUGCUGCGCACGCAUGUGCGGCAGCAGAACGUGGCCCAGGUCAACGAGGUGCUCGAGGCCAUGCCCCGCCACGGCUACGAGGUCGAUGCUCGUGCGUGGCUCACCAUCCUGCGCGGCUACCAGACAUUCCGACCCACGCUGGCCGCCAUGCUCAGGAGAGACGCCAAGAUCGUCCAGAGCCCGACGCUGGACGUGGUGAACCGGCUGUUGAUGCUGCUCAGCGAGGAGUUGGACGUCGAUGGCGCACUGCUCGUUCUGCGCUUGUUCCGCAUCCCGUCGGUCGACAAGCUCGAGGCCGACGCCGCAGCUUCCGAGGCCGAUGACGACGUCAUGAUCAUUCACGGACCCACGCCAAAGCCGAGUGCGGAGACGUACACCAUCUUGACGGGCAUGCUCGGACGACUCGGACGCGACGCCGAGGCCCUCGCCUUCUUCCGGCUAGCUUUGGCCGCCGGGUCUGGCCCAGAGAUGGACCCAAAGCGCCACUGGACGCUGCAGAAGGCUUCGGCCCACGUGAUGAAGGCGCUGUUAAAUGCCGGGCAUCCCAGACGCGCCAUGCGCUUCGCCACGGACGUGCUAGGCUUGCCCUACUUCGGCGUGGCUCCCAACAGACAGGCGCCGGCGGUGGAGUUUGAAAUGCCAGAGUCGGAGCUGGUCACGAUCGCUGCUAGUUCGAUGCACUAUCGUGUGCUACUCGAGUGCACGGCGGCGGUGGGCUCUGUCGAUGCUGCACGCAGGGUGCUUGUGCAUCUGCUCAAGCAAGGGCGUCGAGUCGAUCGACAGGUGCUGCAGGGCGUGGCGAGAGUUAUCUUCACGAGCAUUGAUGCCGAUGCGCUCGAGUCAAUCCGCGUGGUGCGCAGUCUGCUCUCGCGCCAGGACAAGGUGCAGAACGAAUCUCGCCAGCAGCGCAAGCAGACACUCUUGACCGCAUUGCAGGAUCUCGGCGUGUCGGACCGCAUCAUUCUGGCAUCCCAGCACUCGACCGAUCUGCCUCGAGAGCAGGCAGGCUCUGCUAGCAAGUCGCAGGCAGCGAAAAGCUCGCGCCGUCCGGAUCUCAGCAAAGGCAGCAAGGCAACAAAGGACGAGUUGCGCGACUGGCUCAUAGCCGACUCGUCGUCGCUGCUGCGCGAUACAGUGUCGACAGCCGAACCCGGCGGACACGCCGAUGCGCUCGAGCGUGACCUCAGCCGGCCGCUUUGUCCCGAGGCGUAUGCGAUGCGUAUCCGGGUGUACGCUGUGGUGCGCCGCGACCACGAUUCUGCCCAAAAGGUGUACCAAGCCAUGCUGAUGCAUGGUGUGAAGCCCAACAUGAUGCACAUUGCACCGCUGGUCGAAGGCCUUACCGCAAGCGGCAAGCUGCAGGAGGCCCAGCAGCUCAAGCAGAACGCGAGAGAGAUCAUUGGGUGCCAGCCCACUCUGCGCAUCCACACUGCCCUCAUUCAAGGAUACGUGCGCGCGGGCGAUUCGCAAGGUGCGCGCAACGAGCUGCAGGAGCUGGUUGCGAAUGGGCAUCAGAUCGAUGACACCAUCGCCAACAUCAUCGAGGCCGCCCAGGCUGCCGAGGGCAAGUUUACGCUCGCCGAGCGGCCGAUGAACGAGCCCAAGACGCACAAUGUGACGACGAGGUUUCACACGCUGAUGCGCAUGCGCCGGUACCUGGCUGCGCAGGAGGUGGUGCAGUCGGCACUGGACACCGGGAUGCGACCCGACAAGGUGCUGCACGAUGCGGUUCGCCGGUCGGUGGGCUAUCUGCAAAAGCAGAUUGACCAGGCCCAGACGCUGGGUGGAGAUAAGGCCGAGGCUUCGCAGGCGGCAGCGAGUGGCAAGGCCGACGGAAGGGCGAUGAAACCGCCACCGCUGGCGUCGGAUGAAGAGAGGCGGGCACACAUCCAUGAACUCACGCGGGCGGCCCGGCUGGCGAGCGACAAUAAGGAACGUAUCACGAGCAACAUGCGAAGGCGCUCCAACGCACUGCGCAAGGCGACCAAGGAUCACCGCAAAAAGGUGAUCCAGCUCAUCCUCGAUUUCGCCGAUGGCAAGCUGCACCAGCAGGCCGGCGUUGCCGGAAAUGCCGCGGCCGAAACACGCCCAUACGACGACUAG